GGAUCGACUGCAGAUUUGGAUCCCUAAUUGUUCUCGAGAGAAAUGACGUGCUGCUUAUGCGCACCGAAUAUUUAUAACAAUUAUAACCGUUACGGGGUAUGGAUAAUCUGCCCAGCCUGCUACGAAGGGGCGAAAGGCACAAUCAUGUUGGCCAACAAUAAUGAUUCUUUUUCUCCAACAAUUUCCAAUUACCUGGGAUUUACAAAGGCCUUGAAGUGGAUGCAGUUGCAAGAACACAAGAUGAAGUUUCAAGAUGAGAAGAUGAAGUUUUACGAUGAGAAGAUGAAUUAUUUAAGUGGCUUUGCCACAGCUUUGAGGGAUCAAAUCCACACUGAUAUUCAAGUUAUGGCCGGUGACAACGAGCCCCCAAUACCCGCUCAUAGAGGACUAUUGGCAAUGAGAUCGACAAUAUUUCGUAACAUGUUGGAUUCAGACGAAUGCAAAGCUCCAGCGAAUCAAACGAUAACGCUACCGGAGCUGAAUCACGAGGAACUAGAAGCCCUACUCGAGUUCUUGUACAGUGGAAGCGUUCCAAAAGAGAAGAUGGAGAAACUUGUUUGCUCGUUGGCUUUAGCUGCAGACAAAUACGAGAUCCCUUUCCUGCAAAAGUUUUGCGAUCAAGUGAUGCUUGGAUCACUGAAGUCAUCCAACGCACUUGAUAUCUUGGAAAUAUCCGACACUUGCAACAACAAAAAUCUCAAAGAAAGAGCCCUAUGCUUCAUUGUAAGUAACUUGGAAGAAAUAGUUUUCUCCCCCGGCUUUGAUGACUUUGCGCUCAAGAAUCCUCAUCUAAAUACAGAGAUCACAAGAGCAUCCAUCACGAAUAAUAAAAAAAGAAAGAUUGGUGCUUAGUUUGAUUCACAUUGGGGUAAUCUUGUAGUUCAUACUGGGUUGAGAGGAUGGGCUGUUUGGUCAAUCCAUGGAUUUUCCUUCCUUUUAUUUUGCGCAUAUCCUUCCUUUUCUUUUUGUCUCAUUUUGAUCAUCUACUCUAGGGAUACUUUUGUUAGAAGUGCAUAAUGUCUAUAGGCACAUUCAUUGAUUUUAUCACCAACUUGAUGAUUAGUU